UAAGUUAUACUCAAGCUUGUCCUCGAGGUUAGCAUUUAUCACAUGUAGUAACACAUACGGUGUCGCCAUUCACGCACUUUAUUUCGGAGACUUAGCGGCAAAAACAUUUGCUCAAACAUUUUUUUUUUUUUUUUUUUUGGCGGGUAUAUUGUAACUUAUCUUACCUGGCUUCUACCCGAAUUCGCGCCAUCAUUCACAUUUCAGUGCUCCGCCACUCCGCACGUGAAAAAUUACGCCGCGAAUAAACGAAAUAAUCAUGGUCAAACGUACACGUACGAAUUCAAAUGAUUAUGAGUGCAUUGCGAGAAAAGUUAAAAAACUCGAACGCAUGUUAAUUCGUGCACGGCGUAAACGUAGUGAUCGACAAGGAUCUGCCGCAUCGCUGUCGCCGUCUUCCGGAUCACAAUCGUCGUCGUCCAGUUCAUCUUCGUCACGGUCCAGGUCAGCUUCACCGCGCCCGCGGCACCGCGCACCCUCAAGACCUCGUUCGUCGCAGGAGCCGAUAAUCAUUGAAGACGUGCCCGACAACGAACAGGAAUCCAGUGUAAGGGUCAUCCACCCCGCGCCCGUCCGGCCAACGGAAAGAUUGGCCACACCUCUUCAGAUGCGCGCAGCAGAGAGCCCAGCAGCGCCUGCUCCACCGCUGACGAGAAGGUCUGCGCCUGCUUUACUUUCGACAAGCGCCGAGCCAGCCCCGACCCCACAAUUAUGCGUCGCUCAGGAGGUAAACAACUCACCAACAUCGUUGCCGCUAGGCGAGCCAGCUAUGGACGCCUCUGACGCAAUGGUUCUCGACGAAGAUCUCCUUAAAAUAUUAGGGGACGACCCCUCUCAAGUCAGAGUCUACGGCAAGGAGAUCAGACCUGAUCUUGCAGUACGCUUGCAACAUAUAGCUACUAAUGGGCUAGGUAAAGAUACACGUAAGGAACUUUUAGACAGGUACUUACCUCCUGCAAAUAGCGCCUUGAUUGAUGCACCUACCCUCAAUCCUGAGGUAAAAGCCGCCGUCCAUGAACAUGUCUUUAAGAGGGACAAAAGCAUAGAAAUACGACAGAAACAGAUUUCAUCUGCAAUUUCCGCCUUAUCAGAGAGCCUUACCUUGCUCUUGACUGAACAACCAAAGAACACAAAGCUGAUACAGCUAUUAAUGGACUCUUGUAAGAUUCUAUGUGACAGUCAGCACGUAGAAUCGUUAGUUAGGAGGAACUUUAUUCUUCAUAACUUAAAGAAGGAGCUUAAAGACGAAUUACAAACAACCAAAAUUGACAAGUUACUCUUCAGUCAGGAACUUGCGGAAAAAAUAAAAGCCAUUAGGCCAUAAAUAAAUCAGGAGAUGAUUUGAAAGCCACACCAUCGACCUCAGGUCUGCAGGCUAAGAAGAACAAUAAUAAUAAAGUACCCCCCAAGAAUUUAAACUGGCGAGGUCCUCCCCAGAAUUAUUACAGGCCGAAGGGUACUCAGAGGACGAAGGAGCCUGCACUGAAGAGCCGUCGCGACAACUCCUCGAGAAAAUCAUCGCAUCCGCAUCACAGGCGCAGCACCCGCCGAUAGAUAUGGUAAAGUUUGCCGGCCGCUUAGCUCACUUCAGCUAUCACUUCACUUCAGUGGUCACUUCUAACUAACGACAAAAUUAUACUCUCGUGGAUACAAGGUUAUCAAAUACCCUUUUCAAGGCCUGUCGUACAGCGUACGCCACCUGCCCCUAGGGCGUAUUCCGAUUCAGAGAUAACACAGUUCCGACAUUCUGUUAGCGACCUACUAUGCAUAGGCGCCAUUUCGGAAUGUCAGAGCUGUGAAGGCCAAUUUAUAUCCCCAGUUUUUUUGGUACCUAAACCGAACGGAAAAAUGAGAUUUAUCUUAAAUUUGAAAGAGCUAAACAAAUUUAUAAAUACAAAACAUUUUAAACUUAAAGACCUACGCACGGCCUUGAAAUUAAUAUCUAAGGAUAGCUAUAUAUGUAACCUAGAUCUCAAGGACGCGUACUUUUUAAUACCAAUACAUGGAUAUUUUAAAAAGUACCUUAGAUUUACUUUCCAAAAUAAAUUAUAUCAGUUCAAUGUCUUGCCGUUCGGUUUAAACAACGCACCUUAUGUUUUCACUAAAAUUAUGAAGCCAAUCAUUAGUCUGCUUAGAUCUUGCGGCUAUCUGUCCACCGUGUACCUUGACGAUUUGUUAUUGAUAUCUAGGUACCCUAAUACAUGUCUAGAAAAUGUAUCAGACACUAUAAACCUUUUACAAUCCCUAGGUUUCAUUGUAAACCAUGAAAAGAGUAAUUUAACGCCUCAUGCGAGUUGUAAAUUUUUGGGAUUCAUCAUAGACUCAAAAAAUUUAGAGGUUACUUUACCACUGAAAAGA